ACGACGACGUUUCCGGUCGCGCACGCAGUGGUUUCGUCAUGGCGGCGGGACCGAUAUCAGAAAGAAAUCAAGAUGCGACGGUGUAUGUUGGUGGUUUGGAUGAGAAAGUGUCCGAACCGUUGCUAUGGGAACUCUUCCUUCAGGCUGGACCGGUAGUGAACACACACAUGCCCAAAGACAGAGUGACGGGACAACAUCAGGGUUACGGUUUUGUAGAGUUCCUCAGUGAAGAGGAUGCUGAUUACGCUAUAAAAAUCAUGAACAUGAUAAAGUUGUACGGUAAACCCAUCCGCGUGAACAAAGCCUCGGCUCACAACAAGAACCUGGACGUGGGCGCGAACAUCUUCAUCGGUAACCUGGAUCCGGAGAUCGACGAGAAGCUCCUGUACGACACCUUCAGCGCCUUCGGAGUCAUCCUGCAGACCCCCAAGAUCAUGAGGGACCCCGACACAGGCAACUCCAAGGGCUACGCUUUCAUCAACUUCGCCAGCUUCGACGCGUCUGACGCGGCCAUCGAGGCGAUGAACGGGCAGUACCUGUGUAACCGCCCCAUCACCGUGUCCUAUGCCUUCAAGAAGGACUCCAAGGGUGAGAGGCACGGCUCAGCCGCUGAGAGGCUCCUGGCCGCGCAGAACCCGCUUUCACAGGCCGACCGGCCACAUCAGUUGUUCGCCGACGCUCCACCGCCUCCCACAGCCCCCACGCCAGUCAUGACCGCGCUGGGAGCGGCCAUGUCCAUACCCGGCUUGCCUCCUCCUGGUGCCUUCCCCCCUGUACCUCCACCUGGCGCUCUGCCACCUGGAAUGCCCCCCGGGAUGCCCAUGCCCCCCGCGCCAGGCACUCCUGCCCCUCAGGGUGCCUCUGGAGUGCCUCCUCCUGGACCUCCACCGUUCCCUCCAGCAGGCAUGCACCCACCAGGAAUGCCACCGAUGCCAAUGCCUCCAUCUGGACCUCCUGGAAUGGUGCCUCCUCCUCCAGGAUCCUCCCAGCACAGAGCCCCACCUCCCCCUAGCAUGCCCCCACCCCCACAGAUGGGCAUGCCCCCCCGGGGACCGUUUGGCCCUCAUAUGGGUCCUCCGAUGCCCCCUGGAAUGAGAGGCCCGCCUCCCCCGAUGCCACCCCCAGGUUACGCCGCAGGCCCCCCUCGCCCUCCUCCGUUUGGUUUUCAGAGACCGCCAAUGCCCCCUCGUCCCCCUGCGCCACCCCAGGCCCCUUUAAGGGCACCCCUGCCCCCCUAAUCCGUAGCUUUAUUAGUGCCACAGCUUGUAUUUUUAAUUUGUCAUUCCAGUGAUUUACUGAAGGUGUUUUGUUCUCUCAUUUAGUCUCACUGUUCUUUAAUAGGUUUAAACACAAAUAAACAUUUUAUACAGAAAGUAAA